GCGUCAGGCACCAAAUAUUAACGUCGCCUGUUCACAAGGACACGCAGUCGAUGGAUCGCCGUCCACAAGGAAAUCGAUCUACCAGACUCGUGUGAAUCUGGCUCUCCCGCUCGGGCAAACAACAGGAAAAAAGUGAGAUCGUGGGCUAGCUCGUUGAAAAGCAGCACUCUAUCCAAAUAGCUCACGGGAUCCAAAUGCUUUGUCAUCAGGCCCCAAAUAUUAACGUGCCGUGUUCACGAGGACACGCAGCCGAUGGAUCGCCGUGCACAAGGAAAUCUAUCUAAGUACUAGACUAGCGUGAUUUUUCUUUCUUUCCCUUCUUUUUACCGUCCGUAAAAAACGGUACAAGAUUAACAACGUGCGUGCCGUUGAUGCUAAUUGCUGCACGUAAAAAUAGGGCGUCCAAUGUAAUAACAAUGCAGUCAAAUUAGCGCAGUAAUUAUUUUAGCAAGGUUUUGGCCGGGCCGAGACCGUCUCUGCGAGUUUAGAUUCAGCAAUACGGUAACUUCACGGGCAAAUCUGACUCUUCUUAAUUACCCAUAGGAGAACUACAUUUUUCUUUCCUAAUGUAUAAUUCCAUCCUCCUGGAACACUACAUAAGGCACACACAACUUGCAUCCUUUGCAUCUCAUCACAAGCCUCGACAACCAAACCCAAAGCAGAAGCUACACACACACACACAAAGCACGAAUGGCUCCUCACACCAUGAUCACCUGGGCCGUCAGUCUAUGCCUGCUAGUCUUCCUGGCCUCGCCGCCACCGGCAUCAUUCGCCGCCGCAGCAAGGGCACCACCCAACGCCACCGCCGCCGACCCGACGGAGGGGUUCACGGCAGUGAGUCUAACCGAGGAAAACUUCCUCCUACAACGUCCCUACGACGAGUCAAUCGGCGCCCGGUACAGCUUCGACGGCACGGUGCGCCGCCUCUGGGUUCUGGCCUCCGACAAGCCGCACGCCCGGCAGAGCCACACGAGCCCGAGAACGGAGAUGAGGAUGAAGGGUUACGACUACAGCUCCGGCGUGUGGCAGUUCGAGGGCUACGGCUACGUGCCCUCCGGAACCUCCGGGGUGUCCGUCAUGCAGGUCUUCGGCGGCGGCGAGACGGCCACCACGCUCAUGCUGCACGUCUACGGCGGCGCGCUCCGGUACUAUGAUAGGCAGGUGGUCGAGGACGGCAUCUAUGAUCGUUGGUUCCGGCUUAAUGUGAUCCAUGAUGUGGAAGCGUCCGUGCUCACCGUGUUCGUUGACGGCGUGGAGAAGCUCCGGGUGCCGGGGCGCGGUGGGGACGUGCAUUACUUCAAGUUCGGGGUGUACGCGCAGAACCAUGACUCUAGUCGCAUGGAGUCUCGCUGGAAGGACAUCAAGAUCCUCAAGAAAGAUUGAUGAACGUACAUAGGAGUAUUUGAUUCGCACGUGUUAGUCUAUGGCGGCUGGUUGAUUAUUGUUGAGUUUGUAUUGCGUACGAGUAUGUAUAUGGAUUUUAAGAUUUGUUAUGCCCGAUGUAUAUAUACGAGGAUUUUAUUAAUACGAUUUGCACGGUUUUCGGUCU